GAGGCUCCUAAGGAGACUCCUCUAGCAAUUUUACUUGGUUACCAAAGGUGGCUCUGUCUGCUGGGUCUUAUCCAUUGAGCAAGGAGCAGCCAGAAGCUUCUUCUCUUCUUUGUGGAUAACUUUUUUUUUCCUUCUCCCCGAAUCAUGACUCUGGAAGAAAUCCACAGCCAGGAGAUGGUUACCGAAAGCACCAAUAGGAUGCAGAGCGCCGGGAAAGCAUUGAACGAGCUGCUGCUGUCUGCCCAACGCCAGGGCUGCCUUACUGCAGGCGUGUAUGAGUCUGCUAAAGUCAUGAAUGUCGAUCCAGAUAAUGUGACUUUUUGUGUCCUGGGUGCAGAUGAGGAAGAUGAAGGGGACAUUGCUCUGCAAAUUCACUUCACUCUCAUUCAAGCUUUCUGUUGUGAAAAUGACAUCGAUAUUGUUAGAGUCAACAAUAUCCAGAAGCUGGCAGAGAUUAUAGGUGCUAAUGAGGAUUCUGGAGAGCCCCAAGACCUACACUGCAUCUUAAUCACAAAUCCCAAUGAGAAUUCCUGGAAAGAUCCAGCUUUGGAAAAACUAAGCUUGUUCUGUGAGGAGAGCCGAAAUGUAAAUGACUGGGUACCCACUAUCACUCUGCCUGAAUGAGUAUGGUAGCCCAAGGCACUGGGAGGAGCCUUAAAACCUUUGUUGUCUUAUCAACUUGGUGCUACACACCUGGGCUAACCAACCAACCCGUGGCUGAUUCUGUAGAUUAGCAUGGAGGAGAAAUCCAGAAUUGAGCUGCUUGGAAUGGUGUACAGUGAGCUGUUGCCAACAGAGGAGAGGAGAGUGAACGUACUGUGUACGUGAUUGGUUAGUGCCCACCAGUAAGCCUUUGUGGUGCUUCAGCACUGGUGAGGAUGGCUUACCUUGGAGCUGAAAGAAUAUUGGAAGUUUAUAAAUCAGAUAAAACUGUCUUGAUAAGGAGAACAGGUUGAGGAAAGGGAAAAAAUAGCUACUAGAAGUUGAACCUGAGCUGUUCAGCAAAAGAAGGGAAACACUAGCUGGGUCAUGGACCCUUGGACUUGAAAAAAAAUUACAGUUGAACAACCUUAUUUACGAGGGACUUCUGCAUUUUUCCAAAACUGAUUAUUGCAAUAAUCCUAAAACAAGUGGUGCUCUUGAUGAAGCGACGAUGCAAGUUUGCAAUAAUAAACUUAUUGAAAAUGAA